GCUCUUUUGAGGAGGGAAGUUUGCCGGCGUGGUAGCGGAUCUCCUCGGUGUCCCCCCUCCGUGCGCUCCCGUUAACCUUCCCGCUUCUGCGCAGCUCGACCCGGCCGCGGCCAUCCAGCCUGCUCCCCCCUUCCUGUGUGUCCACUCGCCCAGAGCAGCAUGUCUGAUUACGGCGCUCUUCCCUCGAAUGGAGUCGGCGCUGGGAUGAAAAAAGACGCUUUUGCGGAUGCUGUACAGCGGGCCAGACAGAUUGCAGCUAAGAUAGGUGGGGAUGGUGUUCCCUCAAUGAACAACAAUGGAGGAGCUGAGAGUUAUCCAUUCACAGCACAGAAACGAUCCCUGGAGGAAGCAGAUGAACCGGAUGCCAAAAAGUUAGCAUCACAGAGUGAAAGAGAAACUGCAUCGUCUAUUGAAGCGCAGCUGGCAGCUCUGUCCCAACAAAGUGUGCGGCCCUCAACAAUGACAGAAGAGUGUCGGGUGCCGGAUGCCAUGGUUGGCCUCAUUAUCGGCCGAGGAGGUGAACAGAUUAACAAAAUCCAGCAGGACUCUGGCUGCAAGGUUCAAAUCGCACAUGACAGUGCCGGUCUUCCAGAAAGAAGUGUUUCUCUGACGGGAUCACCAGAUGCCAUACAGAGAGCUAAGGCUCUCAUAGACGACAUUGUGUCCAGGGGUCACGACUCCCCAAACGGUCAGUCAGGUUCCAUGCAAGAGAUGAUCAUCCCUGCAGGAAAGGCUGGGCUGAUUAUCGGUAAAGGAGGAGAGACGAUCAAACAGCUACAGGAGCGAGCUGGAGUUAAAAUGAUUCUCAUUCAGGAUGGCUCUCAGCCUCCCAACGUAGAUAAACCCCUGCGCAUCAUUGGAGACCCCUACAAAGUGCAGCAAGCAAAAGAGAUGGUCAAUGAGAUUCUACGAGAACGGGAUCAUGCUGGCUUUGGAGACAGAAACGAAUACGGCUCAAGGAUGGGAGGAGGCGGCGGCGGCGGUGGCGGCGGCAUUGAGAUUGCCGUGCCUCGACACUCUGUGGGCGUUGUGAUUGGUCGCAACGGGGAGAUGAUCAAGAAAAUCCAGAAUGAUGCCGGAGUGAAGAUUCAGUUCAAGCCAGACGACGGCACCGGCCCUGAGAAGAUAGCCCACAUUAUGGGGCCGCCAGACCAGUGUCAGCACGCUGCCUCCAUCAUCACCGACCUGUUGCAGAGCAUCCGUGCACGAGAGGAGGGCGGGCAGGGGGGCCCUCCUGGAGGAGGCAUGCCUCCCGGCGGCCGGGGGCGGGGCAGAGGUCAGGGCAGCUGGGGUCCUCCGGGGGAUGAGGUGACCUUCUCCAUCCCGGCUCACAAAUGCGGGCUGGUCAUCGGCCGAGGGGGCGAGAACGUCAAGGCCAUCAACCAGCAGACCGGAGCGUUUGUGGAGAUCUCCCGCCAGCCGCCGCCAAACGGCGACCCCAACUUCAAGCUGUUCACCAUCCGAGGGUCCCCGCAGCAGAUUGACCACGCCAAGCAGCUCAUAGAGGAGAAGAUUGAGGGCCCUCUGUGUCCUGUGGGUGGAGGUCCUGGUCCAGGAGCACCAGGCGGUCCGAUGGGUCCGUAUAAUCCCAACCCUUAUAACCCAGGGCCUCCUGGUGGAGCUCCCCAUCAAGGCGGACCCGGUGGUCCUCAGUACUGCCCUCAGGGCUGGGGAAGCAGCUACCAGCAGUGGCAGGCCCCGAGUCCACAUGACCCCAAUAAAGGCGCUGGAGACCCAAACGCAGCAUGGGCUGCCUAUUAUGCGCAAUACUAUGGCCAGCAGCCGGGGGGCGCCAUGGGGGGGCAGGCUCCUGGGCCCGCAGCAGCCGGGGACCAGGGUCCACAGGCACAGACCGCCGGGGGUCAGCCCGACUACACUAAAGCUUGGGAGGAGUAUUAUAAGAAGAUCGGCAUGACCCAGCCAGGCGGCGGAGCAGCAGCUGCUCCGGGCGCCGGCGCCGCCGCAGCGCCGGCGGCGGGCGGAGCUGCAGCCGGCGGCCAGCAGGACUACAGCGCGGCCUGGGCCGAGUACUACAGACAGCAGGCCGCCUACUACGGACAAGGAGGACAGGCUCCGGGACAGGCGGCGGCUCCACAGCAGGGACAACAGGCGCAGUAACCGUGUCUCUUCGUCUUUUUUUUUU